GAAGGAAGGACAUUGGUAUCCAACAGAGACUUACAGGGAGAAAGGGAGGGGUGGAGACAAGGGUAGAAAGAGAUAAAUCAGUUGUAUGACAGAGUUUGAAGCAGACAGCUGAGGUCUCUCUCAUCCUCCCACUGAUGACGAAGACACAGGACGGAGCAGAGCUCUGCUUUCCACAACUCUUCAACACCUCCUGCAAGAAGCUGAUGCCUCCUUGGUUUGAAGUGAUGCUCAUUCACAUUUUACUUUCCUCCAUCUUGCUGGUCACUGUAGCUCUCAACCUGCUCGUCAUUAUCUCAGUCUCCCACUUCAGGCAGCUCCACACCCCCACCAACAUCCUCCUCCUCUCUCUGGCUGUCUCAGACUUUCUAGUGGGCUUUGUGCUGAUGCCGGGAGAAAUCCUCAAAAAAACAUCCUGCUGGUUUCUUGGUGACUUUGUGUGUUUUCUUUAUAAUUAUCUUUCAAUCAUCAUUACUGUAUCCUCAGUAGGUGACAUGGUGCUCAUAUCAGUUGACCGUUAUGUGGCUAUUUGUUACCCUCUGCAUUACAACACCAGAAUCACUUUGAACAGAGUUAAAUUCUGUGUUUGUCUGUGUUGGCUCUGUUGUGUUUCUUACAGCCUUCUCAUUACAAAGGUUUUCCCGACUUACCCUGACAGGAAUGCUCCUUGUUACGGAGAAUGUGUGUUGGUGGUUGGCUAUAUUGCAGGGAUUGUGGACCUUGUUUUGACCUUUAUUAUUCCAGUUACUGUCAUUGUAGCUCUGUAUCUGAGAGUAUUUGGCGUGGCUGUGUCUCAGGCUCGUGCCAUGCGCUCUCACAUUACAGCUGUCACACUCCAGCUGUCAGUGACUCCAAAGGCAAAGAAAUCAGAGCUGAAAGCAGCCAGGACUCUUGGUGUUCUCGUAGUUGUGUUUCUAAUGUGUUUCUGCCCAUAUUACUCUGUUUCUCUUGCAGGUGACAGCUUGGUUAAUGCUUCAUAUGCAUCCUUUAUUGUCCCAAUGUUUUAUUUUUUAAACUCUUGUCUAAACCCUGUGAUCUAUGCCUUGUUUUACCCCUGGUUUAGAAAAGCAGUUAAACUCAUAGUUACUCUUCAGAUACUGCAGCCUGGCUCCUGUGAGACCAACAUGCUGUAGAGAGGCUGUGGAGGAACUGAGAUCAGACUCGGUUUUAGGA